AUGGGUGCGGCGCCCACGGCGCCCUUGCCUUCAGAGGCGACGCAGGGCCAGGCGCGUCUGGAUGGGCUGCCCUCCUACUGGCUCUUCUUCCUGGACCCCGCCUCCCUGCUGCGUGUGCAGACAGCAGGUCUCCGGGCUGGCCAGGCCGUGCUGCAGAGCGCGUGGAAAGAGCUUUGUGCGCAGGAGCUGGGUGUGGACUCGUCGCAGCUGCUGCUGGAUGGCUUUACGCCAGGAGUUGGCUCGAGCUGUGGCUCGCGGUGCUGGCGUCGCGUUUUCUACGACCUGGAGGUAUCAAGUGCCAAGAAUGAGCUGCGAGCCAGCAAUGCGGACUACGAGUUCCUGCCCAGCCUCUAUGGGGAGCCAGCGCUGGCGCCGGAGGGCGUGGACUUCGAGGGGCAAAGGAUCCUCCGCUGCCGCCUGCGCGCGCCCUUUUUGGGCCGCGACCGCUGCGUCCUGGCGCGGCACCCGCUGCCCAGCGCGCCCUGUGCCACCGCGCUGCCGAAAGCCGAGGCGGGUGGCGCUUUGGCCUGGCACGUGGCGUACCGCAAGGUCGCCUACUACGAGGUGUCCAUCGGCAAGCACCAGGGCCACCCGGAGCCGCUGCCCUGCGUGUCGGUGGGGCUGUGCAGCCCCCGCUUCUCCCGCUACGCGGUGGCCAGGCAGCAGGUGGGCUGGGACUGCGAGUCCUGGGCGCUGCACAGCGACGACGGGCAGCUCUUCCACGGCUCGGAGCGGGGCUUCGGCUUCGGCUUCGGUUUUGCUUCGCCGCCGUGGGCGACCUUCGGCCCCGGGGAUGUGGUGGGCUGCGGGGUAGCGCACGGAGCUGCCGAAGGUGCGGAGGACGUGGCCAAAUCUCCGCGGAAGAUCUUCUACACUUUGAACGGCGCCUUCCUAGGCUAUGCCUUCGACGUAGAGGACCUGCCCUGGGACGUGCCUUUGUGGCCUUGUGUGGGUCUGGACACGCGGCAGUUGCUCUCCUUCAACUUUGGCGGCGAGCCCUUUGCGUUCGAUCUGGACAGCAUCUCUGAGUUGCAGGUUGUCUUGGAGAGCAAAUUCCAGACGGUCUCGGCUGCGGCCGAAGUUCGAGACGCGGCGGAAGGUGAGCACCCGGAGGAACCAAGGCGAAAUCGGAUGAUGCCACUGGUCUCUCAGUUCACGCCCCGGCGAUUGCUGGAGUGCGCCGCACCCGCGCGCUUGGCGGUGUUCCGGUACCAGCGCCAGCCGCGGUGGAUGGACACGGUGGACCGGCUCGUGACUGCCACACUCUUGGAUGCUGCUGGCGAGACCGAGCCGCGAUCCAGAGGCAGCCUGGACAUUGUUUGA